CAAUCUUUCCAUUGUUCGGAUUUUUGCAACUACGGGAUGAUGGCGAGCGAAGACUUGUCGGCGAACAACAAACCGGCGGCGAUGGCGGCAGGUCCGGAAGUUGAUCUCUUUGAGAAGAAGACGCCUUCGACAACCAUCCGAUGGAUCUCGGAUGGGGAGGUGUCCCUGUGCAAGUCGUGCGGAUUGCUCUUCGACUGGGUUCGUCGCAAGCACCAUUGCAGAUAUUGCGGGCAAUUGUUUUGCGAUGAUUGCACUCGACAUCGCAGCAUGAUCCGCGAGGACAAGAUCCUGACGUCCCCGAACAAGAAGUACUUGUCUGUGAACGCAUUCAACCCCCAGCGCGUGUGUGAGCCUUGCCACCACAUCCUGCUGCCGGACCAGGCCAUCUUGCGGGAAACUGCCAGCAAUGCGGUACAGCCCAACUCCAUCAAUGAAGCGGGAUCCAAGCGAUUCCUCAACAGCCCAUAUUCGUUCACGUUGCGCGAAGAAGUGCGCAAAGCUGCAUACAGCAUCAAGAACUUUAUGCUGGAUGGCGUGAUCAAAGACCAAUCGAUUCCACUCCCGCUCCUGACCAAUGCCCAAGGCAUCGCUUUUCUCACUGUGCUCAAAGUCGGCUUUGUGGUCACGGGUCGUCUUGGCACGGGUCUGGUGCUCUCGAAGCUUCCCGAUGGCUCCUGGUCGGCGCCGUCUGCGAUUGCCACGGCCGGCAUCGGAUGGGGCGCGCAAAUUGGCGGCGAAGUCACAGACUUUGUCAUCAUUCUCAACACCCGAGGCGCCGUCGACACAUUUUGCGCCCAAGGUCAAGUGAAUCUGGGGGCGGAACUGGGGGUUGCCGCGGGUCCAGUGGGCCGAGUGGCGGCGGGCGCGGUGGAAGCCGGUCAGAUGAACAUGUCGUACAUCUCCAAUGGAAACGUGUUAUUUGUAGGCCCUGGCGGUGUCGCUCCUUGCUAUUCGUACUCUCAUUCGAAGGCAAGUUGGAUGUAGCACCCUCGAUAUUGUGACCUGACGUGGGUGUGGUAGGGUCUGUUUAUUGGCAUUUCGCUGGAAGGGUCGGUGGUUAUGGCCCGUCCAGACGUGAAUCGCGAGUUUUACGGCAAGGACAUCACUGCCGCCGAGCUGCUCGGUGGUCGAGGUAUGAUGGGAACGUAGUCAUGAUGUUGUAGAGCCAUGAGUGAUCAUGGCGACUAGAACGACCUCCCGUGGCAGCGCAGCCCUUAUAUGAUGCGUUGGAAGCCGUCGCGACGAGGUAUACGCCUCUGCUUUCCCGACUUACGUUGCAUCUCAUGCUGGGACGCUGUAGUCCGGCGAAUGGACUGAAUCGGCUGGCGGCAGUGUCGGCCGCGCGCUACUCCAUGUCGCAUUCCAUGUCCAUGCCGUCGUCAUCGUCGUCGUCUACCUCGUCACGAGGUUUGACGGCGGCGUCCAUGAGCAGCAGCGUGGUCUUGCCGCGCCCAACCACCACCCCUCGCUCGUCGCCAUCUGUCGCCCUUUAACGUUACAGAAUGUGUGUCGAUUUUCACUGUAACCGUCAAUUAAUAGAAUGAACGUCUUCUUAAGUGCG